CAUGGCCCGCGUGACACUGACGUCAUGUGGAAUGUGGACGACAAAAACUUCAACAACACAAUAAGUGACCUAAAAACAAGCCAAAGGACACUAAGCUGGUGAAAAUGCUCCGUCUCCUCUGCUGUUGCUGCGUCUCCAGCGACAGUCUCAGCGAGAGGCAGCCUUUGUUGCAGCCUGGAUCUCCAUCUGAAGUGACUGAAGCUGAAUCAGCCAGACGGCCGCCCUCAGCUCACAAUGAUGCGCCGACAGUGAAAAGGAGUGGAAAGCUGGUGAUGAGACGGGUGAAUGUGCCAGAGUUGGAUCAGAGAUUUACUGACAUGGCAGAGAUAUUCAAUGAGCAGCAGGAACACUAUGAAGCCCUGGUUGGACACAUCAGAAGGUUGAAACAGAGCUGCGACAGUACAGACGUUGAUAACCUGGCUUUUGCUGAGUGCAUAGGGACGAUAAGGAAGGAGCAGGAGACUACAUACAGGGUGUCUUUGAAGAUGAAGGGCUAUGACUUCUCUCUCAUAUUGGAUCCUGUGGGCCCAGAGGGAGAAACUGAGGAGGAACCACUGCCUCCAAGUCUGCAGAGAGUCCAGAAUGAGUUUAGGGGUAUUUCAGGCAGCGCUAAAGCCACUGUCUCAAAGGGUGCCAAACUCCUACAGCUCAUAGACUGGCUGCUCCGGAGCGACAGUCAAAUGGUUGAGCAAGUGAAGGGAGCAGCAGAAACUUACCAAGAACAAGGGAGACUGAAUGACAACCUGGAAGAGAAUAUCAAGGAAGUGAGAAGGGCUAAAGAGUUAUCACAGAGAUACAAGAAACAGGCAGAUGAAGUUUACACUGAAGCUGCACAGAUAGCAGGGAUUGCUGUAUAAUUCCCCACAUCUUUUAAAUAGUUCAUUUAAAUGAAAAAAAAAAUCACCUAUCUUUAUGAUAUAUGUUAUUAUCUGGAACAGUUGAAUUACAAGCUUUAGAAAUUUUCUACCUUUGUGACCUGUUGUGCCAUGCUUGAUGGAAGAUCUUGAAUUAAAAUUUUUCUUUUAAAUGUUCAUAAAGCAGAUAAACAAAAACAUUUUGCAUGUGGGAAACUAGAUGAUAGCAAUGAACGUUACAAGUCUUUUUUCUUCUUCUUCUUCUUCUUCUUCUUCUUCUUCUUCUUCUUCUUCUUCUUCUUUUACAAAAACUAACGGCGGUGGCCAAAUUUAUUAUCAGCAAAGUACUCACAGAGUCGAGGUAAGUUUCAGACUUUAAAAAUACCACCAGACAAUGUUCUCAGCCGUACAUCACUAUACCUAGUCAAUUAUCUAUUGAAAUGUUUACUUUUUCAUCAAUUAUGGCAAAUUUCUUUCACUUCAAAACUACAUAUUAUCUAGGCAGUUUGUUGGUUUUUGUAGUUGCCUUAUGGACUCAGAUUAUUUGUUAGCUUAUUUAAUUGAUGUUUGAAUCUGUUAAAUAAUAUCUGGCCAUUUGAAGAUUUCCCAAGGCCUAAAAUUGAAACCAAAACAAAACUGAAAUAAAAGUAAAUACAGAGCAAAAAAAAAAAAAGAC